CAAACGUGUCGACGGAGAGAAGGAAAAGGCCGCCUGCAGGCUGCUCUCUGAUUGUUGUGGUCGGUGCUAUCGUUGUCAUGCAAAAGUAUGAAAAACUCGAAAAAAUCGGCGAAGGCACUUAUGGCACUGUCUUCAAGGCUAAGAACCGAGAGACCCAGGAGAUCGUGGCGCUCAAGCGUGUACGACUCGACGACGAUGAUGAGGGUGUUCCAAGCUCUGCGCUCCGAGAAAUCUGUCUCCUGAAGGAGUUGAAACACAAAAACAUUGUCAGGUUACAUGACGUGCUUCACAGUGAGAAGAAGUUGACUCUUGUGUUUGAACACUGCGACCAAGAUCUGAAGAAAUACUUUGACAGCCUCAACGGAGAAAUCGACCUCGAAGUUGUAAAAUCGUUCAUGUUCCAGCUGCUGCGUGGGCUGGCAUUCUGCCACAGCAAUAACAUCCUGCACCGGGAUCUGAAGCCACAGAACUUGCUCAUAAACAAGAAUGGAGAGCUGAAGCUGGCAGAUUUUGGCUUGGCAAGGGCGUUUGGGAUUCCAGUCAGGUGCUACUCAGCCGAGGUUGUGACGUUAUGGUACCGACCCCCCGACGUCCUGUUUGGGGCCAAGCUGUACACCACAUCCAUAGACAUGUGGUCUGCCGGAUGCAUAUUUGCAGAACUAGCCAAUGCGGGGAGGCCACUGUUUCCUGGAAGUGACGUGGACGACCAACUGAAGCGGAUAUUCAAGCUUCUCGGGACGCCAACGGAAGACACGUGGUCCGGCAUGACGCAGCUGCCCGACUACAAGCCUUUUCCCAUGUACCACCCAACCACGAGCUUUGCCCAGGUUGUGCCCAAGCUCAGCUGCAAAGGAAGAGAUCUUCUCCAGAAACUUCUAGUCUGCAAUCCGGCCAUCCGAGUGUCUGCGGACGAAGCCAUGCAGCAUCCAUACUUCAGUGACCUCCCAACGUCCAUUAGAAAUGGGUGAUUCUGUUUUCGGAGGUUUCUAGUCACCUUUACUGUUAAACUUCAAUUCAGUGUUUUAAAAUGUUUACUUUCAUUCUAUCUUUUUUUUUUUUAUUUGAGAGGCUCUACAGUUUGCUUUAACAAUGCUUUUCUUGUACACAUAAAAAAAAAAGAUGAUGAUUUAUAGUUACUUUUUUUCUGAAUGGAAAAAAGGGUUUAUAUUUUAGGGAAUUGAGAACAUUUUCUGGAAAAUGACCAAGAUAUUUUUUUUUCUGUUGCUUCUAUGUUUGUGACACUCGGGAACUCCUAGAUGUUAUACAAGUAUUUUGAUAGACCAAAUAGUUCAUGGAAAAAUAAAAGUUUUUGUAACACUUUCUAAAAUUUUGAGGGGUUUUAGUCAGGGCUAUUGAAAUCAAGGAUGGCUGAGCUGAGAGAUAAAUGUGCUCUUACAAUUCGUUGAACUUCUGUACCACGUAGGGGACCGGACAAAGGCGUGCAUGCCAUUUUGAGGUCUUCUCUAAAUAAUAGCCAAAUGUAGGUGCCCUGGAACUGCAAAAUAUUUAAAAAUAGCUUUGUUUAUUCUCGCUUAUAAUAAAAGAUUCACUUCAGAA